GCGCAAUCGCUAUUCCUACCCCUCUCUGUAUGAGCCCUCGGUAUCUUUGCCAAGCAUAGACUAAACUUGGAAGAAAUCCCAGUCCGCCUUUUCCGGAACACUAUCUCAGCAUGGCUAUCGAAUCAGACGACAUCACCUGGUUCGAUGAGGAUGAUCUCCUUGGCACGGAAAUGUCCUUCCCAUCUGGUUCAGCAUGGAGGUUGGAAAGCAAAAUCUACGAACAUAGUUAUUAUGAGGAACAGUCUGAAUGUGAGGCUUUGGAGAUUCAUUCCGAGGCCCGUGGGGUGUUCUCUUGCUCCAAGGUGUCGGGGAGUGGGCCACCCACUGCAGUCAUCGAAAUUCGUCAGCAGAUUCCGUGGUGGAAAACCGCGACGAAGAGGCCUGAAACUCGUGCCAAGCAAGCUUCUUCGGAGAUCCCCAGAGCCUUCAGUUCAGAGAUCGAGGCCUUGUCCCAUCUGAUGAAGGCUGGCUGCUCCAGUACCCCUUCUCUACUAUCCUGGAAGAAAGAACAACAGGCAAUUGAUGAAUGGGUCCCGGGAGGGUACAAGCUGAGUAUCUUGAUGGAGAGGCUACCGGGGUCCAAUCCGGGGGACUCGCUUUUUUCAGGUCAGAUGCCUCGUGAUGAGCGAGACUCUUUGAGGAAGGCCUUCAAGGCAGCGUGGUUGUAAGUUGUGGUUUCCUAUUAGAAAUUUAAACAACCUGUGCCGCGGCAGUCUCUACCGCCCGGGCUCUGCGGGAAAGCUGACGAAAUCCCUGGAGAGACGGUCCGUUGUGGGGUUAUCCAUGGAGACGGAUCGACAAUUAACCUUCUUUGGAACAGAGAGAGUAAAAGAUGCUACUUGAUCGAUUGGGAGUAUUGGCGCUUCACCAAGGAAAAAACUCGCUGGGGAGAUCGCCUCUACAUCCGCUGGAAUCUGGCACAAGAAGGGCCAUCGCAUAACCUCUUCGAUAUGUCUGACUGGGAGCUGUAAAGUCGACAUGUGAUCAUUACUUAAGCGGGGCGCGACUGAAGUCGAGAGUAGCGGAGGUUUUCGUCUCCUAAAGACCACUACCUAACAAAUAUGAUUAUAUGCC